AUGGAUCUAGACAAUGGCUCAUCGGGUGCUCGCUCACCCCCAGAUGCCGAAUUGUUGAGCGCUCCUGCCGAUAAUGCCCUCGUCUCAGACUCGUCCCUUCUGCCGGUCUUGGAAUCGACUCCGGAUUCAAAAGGCCUCUCUCCGGUCGACUUGUCCACGUCCAGCAGGGUCCAUAAUCAGCAUUCGCCAGUGAAGGCAGCCAGAGGUGAUGCAACGCAAGAGCCUCGUUCGGGAAACAGAAUGGGCCAUGUGACCCGCUCCUCCAGUCGUGCCCGCCGGCGGUUCAGUGGGAGUACGGCGGCCAGUUCAAUAAGUGAGAUGGAGGCGAGUGGGCCAAAACCGUGGCGACUGGGGGUGUGCGCGCUGGACGUCAAGGCCCGCAGCAAGCCGAGUCAGAAUAUCCUGACUCGUCUGCAAUCCAAGGGAGAUUUCGAGGUCAUUGUGUUUGGUGACAAGGUGAUUCUCGACGAGGCUGUGGAGAAUUGGCCUGUCUGUGACUUUCUGAUCGCUUUCUUCUCGGAUGGAUUCCCUCUGGACAAGGCAAUUGCCUAUGCCAAGCUGCGCAAGCCGUUUUGCGUAAACGAUCUGCCCAUGCAAAAGGUGCUGUGGGAUCGUCGACUUUGUCUUCGGAUUCUCGAUCAGAUGGGAGUGCCCACUCCGAAGAGGAUGGAGGUUAAUCGAGAUGGUGGACCCGUCUUGGAGUCGGCCGAGUUGGCUCAACACAUCCUCCAAUUGACCGGGGUCAAAUUGGACGGCCCGGAGGACGGAACGGGUGGUGGCACCCCGAGAACGCAGAAUGUGUCCAUGUCCGAGGAUGGAGAGUCCUUGAUUGUGGAUGGCAAGACUUUGCGAAAGCCCUUUGUGGAAAAGCCUGUCAAUGGUGAGGACCACAAUAUCCACAUCUACUUUCCCAACGAUCAGCAGUACGGCGGUGGGGGUCGGAAGCUGUUCCGCAAAGUGGGCAACAAAAGUUCCGAAUACGACCCGGAGAUGACCAUUCCACGGUCAGUGACUGAGCCCGAGGCCAGCUAUCUCUACGAACAAUUUCUACGGGUGGAUAAUGCAGAGGAUGUGAAAGCCUACACCGUGGGGCCAGAUUUCUGCCACGCCGAAACGCGAAAAUCCCCUGUAGUGGACGGCCUUGUUCGACGCAAUACCCAUGGCAAGGAAUUGCGCUACAUUACCAAGCUGAGCAAAGAGGAAGCAGCCAUUGCUUCAAAGAUCUCGAAUGGAUUUGGCCAGCGGAUUUGCGGCUUCGAUAUGCUCCGCGUUGGCGAUAAAAGCUACGUGAUUGACGUCAAUGGGUGGAGCUUCGUCAAAGACAACAACGACUACUACGACAAGUGCGCCCACAUUCUGCGCGAGACCUUCCUCGCAGAUCUGGAGAGACGCCGAGGCGAACCUGCGACAGACGUGGUGGAUUCGCAAAGUGCAGAGGUCGGCUCGUCACGCCGAAGUAUGACAGGAUCCCAUCGACAGGCAUUGAAAACGCUGCUCAAGUCGCCGAGUACAUCCAGACUAUAUGGAAAUUCGGGUGUUGUGCACAAGGCCCCCGAAUCAAACGCUUCUGAAACGGCCACCGGCGCGCCGUCGGUCACAUCGUCAAAUGGCCAAGCGGAAGUCCUAGAUGUCUUAGGGAACUCGGCGGUGGCGAGUCCUCGGGAUGCUCAAUUUGAAAAUCGCGGGCCUAGUCCAUCCAACACAAAGUCACCCGCGGUUUCUAUCCACCAGUCAAACGAUGGCAUGGCGGCUCCCCCUCCCCCACCCCCGGCAUCGAAGCACUCGUGGAGAUUGAAGGGAAUGGUGGCGGUUAUUCGCCAUGCUGAUCGCACACCAAAGCAAAAGUUCAAGUUCACAUUCCACAGUCAACCUUUCGUUGAUCUUCUCAAGGGUCAUCAAGAGGAAGUGGUCAUCAAAGGCGAGGCUGCUCUGUCUAGCGUGUCCAAUGCGGUCAAGGUCGCUAUGGAUCAGGGCCUGGAGGACAUGGACAAGCUAAAGCUGCUCCGUACUUCACUUGAAAAGAAGGGUGGAUGGCCUGGUACCAAGGUGCAGAUUAAGCCCAUGUUCCGUAAACGCAGACCGGAGGAAAUGUCGCCAGAGAUGCGGGAGCGUGACUCGGAGACGACGGCCACUCCGGCCGCGGAAGAAAACAUACCUGAAGAGGUACUGACGCCCACGCCGGGUGAGACGGGAGGUGAGGCCGGGGUAGACAGUGACCCUCUUCGUCGGCCCCAGACCCGCAGUGACUCGAUCUCGGGUGCCACGUUCUCUCGCUUCUCCGCCGUGGAAAACGACUUAAUUCUGGACAAACUGCAGCUGGUGAUCAAAUGGGGCGGAGAGCCAACCCAUGCGGCACGUUAUCAAGCGCAGGACCUGGGCCUCAACAUGCGAGACGAUCUGAAGCUGAUGAACAAGGAGGCACUGAGCAACGUGCGACUAUUCACAAGCUCCGAACGGAGAGUAAGCACGAGUGCGCAAAUCUGGGCAUCAUCGUUCCUCGAUCAGAAGGAGAUUCCUGAGGACUUUAUCCAAGUUCGCAAGGAUCUGCUGGAUGAUUCUAAUGCCGCCAAGGACGUCAUGGACAAGGUCAAGAAGAAGCUCAAGCUGCUAUUGCGAGAAGGAUUCGCGCCAUCUCAAUUCGCAUGGCCCAAGGACAGCAAUAUUCCCGAACCAUCGGUUGUUCUUGCAACGGUGGUUGAGCUCAUGAAGUACCAUCGAAGUGUCAUGCGACACAACUUUCAAGAGCUCGAAGCGUCGGCAUCGAGGAAAGGGGAAGACGCACUCGACCAGGAAGAUGCGGAGAAUGCUGAACUGAACAAUGUUCAGGGUCGUUGGUGCGCCGGUGAAGACCCGCGAUUAUUCAGGGAGCGCUGGGAGAAGCUCUUUGCUGAAUUCUGCGACACUGAAAAGGUCGACCCAAGCAAGAUUUCGGAGCUCUACGAUAGUAUGAAAUUUGAUGCCCUGCACAACCGGCAGUUCCUCGAGUGGGUCUUUAUGCCUCCCGAGAACGACCGGGAAGAAGACGAUUGCAGUGGCUCCAAGGGCCGCAGUGCCUCCAAGUCCGACUCAGCCUCCGACAGCAAGUCAGGGUCGGAGCCGGCGAGUGAGCGCACAGAGGAGCGCGGCGAGACGCAGUCAUUUGGCCACCGUUUCAACUGGAAGAAACGGCUGCACGCGCUGGAAUCCUUCCCGCAACUCCGAGCUUUGGACGAUUCGUAUGACCAUUACUUCAAGCUCUUCCCCGGUUCCAACUCCACCAAGUGCAAAGUCGACGAGCGGCUGUCCAAGCUUCGUGAAUUGUACAAGUUGGCCAAGGUGCUGUUCGACUACGUAACGCCCCAGGAGUACGGCAUUACCGAUAGUGAGAAGCUCGAGAUUGGUCUGCUCACAUCGUUGCCUCUGCUGCAAGAAAUCGUGCACGAUCUUGAGGAGGUCCAAGCCUCUGACGACGCAAAGUCCUUCUUCUACUUUACCAAGGAGUCCCACAUUUACACCCUGCUGAACUGCAUUCUGGAAGGUGGGAUUCAAACCAAGAUUGCGCGUCGGGCUAUUCCCGAACUCGACUACCUUUCUCAGAUUUGCUUCGAGCUGUACGAGUCCAUCGACAGUGAAAAUGAGAUUGAGCCGUACUCAUACUCCAUCCGCAUUUCCAUCAGCCCCGGCUGCCACGCCUUUGACCCACUUGAUGUGCAACUCGAUUCUCGACACGCCAUUGGCUGUGCCCCACGACGCAGCCUCACUGCUCAUCAGGAUUGGAAAGAAGUGAUUGAGACUCUGAAGGCGAAAUUCGACACGGUCAAAUUACCGAAGUCGUUCAUUGCCGUGAACCUCAGUGACAAGCAUUUCGCGUCCUCGCCGGUUGAGCAGGGCGUUUAG